AUCUGCUCCUUUACCUUUGGUCAAAUAAUAUAUCUCCUCAUCCUUCUCCUCGCCUGGUUUGACUGUUUGGCUGGUCCAGCAUCAAGUCCUGUCGAUCUGCCCGCAGUAAACUGACUCCGACUCCGCCUUCCCCCCCCGUCUCCUCUCUAUUCUAUCAUCCUGCCGCCUCUCCUCCUCCCCUCAAAGGUCCUCGCCAGUUACUUGACUUGGACUUUCGCUACCUUGUCUCCUCUCCACUCAAUAAAUCCAGAGAUAUCAGGGCAUUCAUCGGAAGCGAUCUAUCACACAUCCUCGCCCGUUGCGCGACCAGCCUCUGUUCCAUAACCGAGCUGUGCGCUACCGUUCCAGCAGCGCGACUGCUGUUGUGUGGAAAUUUGACAGCGCGAUGCAAGCCACCAAAGUUCACAACGAGAUGACCCUCCCCGCGCAGUCCUCAUUCACCUCGAUCUUUGGAGGCCACUCGGAGCGCGUGGAGGAGAUUGACGAUACACACCCGGACCAUGACCACCACCAUGAACUCCACAGCCGCAGCAGCGUUACCGCAGCCUCGGGCAGUCUCAGCGUCGCCCCCUUCCUCGCCAAACACGUCCCCGAACAAUACGCGCCCCUGGGCUCGCAGAACAAAGCCCCCGCCGAUUUGAUCCGCGCCAACUCCAGAUAUUGCUAUCGCCAUCGCCCAGACCGUAAGUGUCGACGGCAGGCGGACGAACCCACAAUGGACAAGUUGCAGCGGGAAUUGGAAACGCUCCCACAGAGCGACCAGCAGGGUAUUGCGCAUGUCUGGUCCCUCUUCUCCGCCGCCCCCGCGAAGCACCGAAAACUCAUCCUUCAGGGCAUCAUGGCCCAGUGCUGCUUUCCCCAGCUCUCCUUCAUCUCCGCCACCGUGCGAGAACUCAUUCGGAUCGACUUCGUCGCCGCCCUCCCGCCGGAGAUCGCCUUCAAAAUCCUCUGCUACCUGGAUACCACCUCCCUGUGCAAGGCUGCGCAGGUGUCGAGACAAUGGAGGGCGCUCGCGGAUGAUGAUGUCGUCUGGCACCGGAUGUGCGAGCAACAUAUUCACCGCAAGUGCAAGAAGUGUGGCUGGGGUCUACCUCUGCUCGACCGGAAACGGCUCCGGGAAUCGAAACGCGAGAUCGAGCUACGUGCCACCACUUGGGACAAUGGCGCACCUGCGAACUCGCCUGAUGCACCUUCGGAGGGCGACUCCCCAGCGGCGGACACCAACUCUAGUAAACGAAAGGCUGACGCGAUCGACGAUGAGACCGCCAUUGUCAAGCGCCAAUGCUCGGAGCUCACGUUUCGCCCGUCGGGGAACGAGGAUUACUUCAAGACCCGAUACCGGCCCUGGAAAGAAGUGUACAAGGAUCGGUUCAAGGUUGGCACGAACUGGAAAUACGGUCGCUGCUCGAUCAAGACCUUCAAGGGUCACUCAAAUGGCGUCAUGUGCUUGCAAUUUGAAGAUAACAUCCUCGCCACCGGGUCCUACGACGCCACGAUCAAGAUCUGGGACACCGAAACGGGACAGGAGCUGCGCACCCUGGUGGGACACGAAUCUGGCAUUCGCUGCCUGCAGUUCGACGAUACCAAGUUGAUCAGCGGCAGUAUGGACCGCAGCUUGAAGGUGUGGAAUUGGCGCACGGGCGAGUGCAUCUCCACAUAUACCGGCCACCGUGGUGGAGUGAUCGGCUUGCAUUUCGAUGCCAACAUCCUUGCGUCCGCCUCGGUGGACAAGACUGUGAAGAUCUGGAACUUUGAAGAUAAAUCCACCUGCCUCCUGCGCGGACACACCGACUGGGUCAAUGCGGUCCGAGUGGACACGAGCUCUCGCACGGUCUUUUCGGCCUCGGAUGACUGCACCGUCCGUCUGUGGGAUUUGGACUCAAAGACCUGCAUCCGCACCUUCCAUGGCCAUGUGGGACAGGUCCAACAGGUGAUCCCGCUGCCUCGGGAGUUUGAGUUCGAAGAUCACGACGUGGAGUGUGAGAACGACAAUGACAAUCUUAGCACCGUCUCUGGCGACACUGAGCCGAGGUCUCUCCAAGCCACCCUGGGUCUUGAGUCGAACGCAGAGAUCUCCCAAAUGUCGCCGUUCGGGCCCUCAUUUGAGGCCGGCCGUCCCACACCCCCACGUUACAUCGUUACCAGCGCGUUGGACUCGACGAUCCGACUGUGGGAGACCAGUACUGGCCGCUGCUUGCGGACCUUCUUUGGCCACCUGGAGGGUGUCUGGGCUCUCGCGGCUGAUACUCUCCGGAUCGUGUCCGGGGCCGAAGAUCGCAUGAUCAAGAUCUGGGACCCAAGAACGGGCAAGUGCGAGCGCACCUUCACGGGCCACUCUGGACCGGUGACUUGCAUCGGGCUCGGCGAUAGUCGGUUUGCUACUGGGAGCGAGGACUGCGAGGUGCGCAUGUACAGCUUCCAGAGCUAGGCAGUUUUCUCUAUUUCUUUCGCCAAAGGUUAUGGCGCGGGCCUACUUAAUGUCUUUCUAUCUGAUGAUGAAUACCCUUUGACGAGCGAUUUCAUUUUGCGUUGGAAGGGUCAGGGAUCGGCAGGUGUUCGGGUAGCAGGGCUGGCGUUAUGUUUGGAUGUGUACUUUGACAGAUACUUAAUUGCUAUGACCUCGUCUUUAC